CGCGUAUAAACGGCUCAUUUAGAACUACCAACCUUAAUCUGCGAACUGUCUCUGUUAAUCAAGCGAUUUAGUCGCGCAUAGUCACAAUUAUGGGCACGACUAUUCGCGCGCUCUUAUCUCUUCUACCGCUAAACCAAAGCCCUGCUGGCCUAUGGACAAAGAGCCUGUCUUACCGAACAAAAGUUACUAUCGAUAAGUCUCGGGUUCCAGUGCUGAAUGAAGAUGAGUUAGAGGAACAGUUCGUCAAGGGGACGGGUCCUGGAGGACAAAGUGUAAACAAAUCAGUCAAUUGCGUAGUUCUCUGCCAUGUGCCUACACAUACCAUCGUACGCUGCCACCAAUCACGGCUGCUCCAUGAGAAUCGAAAAUACGCCCGUAAGAUGCUUGUAGAAAAGCUCGACGACCUAUGGAACGGCGAAAUGUCUGUGCGGAGACAGAAAGAAAGAAUUGAAAAAAAUAAAAAAAUCAAAAUGGAGGCAAAAAAUCGUAAGAACCGAGAAAAGAAGAAACUCGCCAAGGCUCUGGCGGAGCUGGCCGUGAAAGAAGGCACUUUGUCUUCUGAGGAACAUGCACGCGGCCAGAGUGCGCAGCGCGGCGAUUAUGAGGAAUACGGUCAUAAUCCAUGGGAAAGAAAACCACAUAAGUCACCUUCUUAAUCGAGGCAAGGGCGAGACGAGUAAGAAAUCUCCUUUUGUUCGUCGUGCACAGAUGAUGCGUGUUGUUUUAAUUAGUUAUAGAUCUUGAGGACGUAUUUCAAAGUUAGUUUUAGUAGGAAUAUAAGUUAAACGGGUUUUUUCAAACUUCCUUGUGCUUAUCAUGUCGAUGUGAGAGUCUAUUGCGAGUUCAAUAAAUAGGGCAAUGAUUAUAUUAUAAUGAUAAUAGUACUAAUUAUUCAAUACCUACAACGACAAUCACAUGUCAUUUCGAUACGUUCCAGAAUAAAGAGCCACUAUUAGAUAUAAUAAACUUGGCUAUUCGAAACAUAUUGGGCGGCCUUUAAUCUGUACUUGACUGUAUUAUGAGAUAAGUAGCAUACUUCUAGUAGAAUUCUACCUGGAGAAUGAAACAGGGGUGCAGUACUGAACUAGACUUCGAGGGAAAAAUUAAUUGAGAACUCGAGAGAAAAAGCCAUUCUCUCUUUGUUGAUCGCAACCGAAAAUGACAAUAGAUAUCACGCUACGACACCCAAAAAUAAUUAACAAAUGAAGAAACGUAUGUUAUCAAUUUAUUCAAAGCAAUGGCACAAUGUGAAACAGGUCGUUUGUACACUGUGAUGUAAUAUAUAAUUGUUAUCAUCAAAAUUGGUGCAAACACCUACUAGGAAUAAAUAAGUAAAGCCUUACCUAUCUAGAUAGCCCUAUCCAGGCGUUCGCGGUAGUCUUUACUACGCUGUUGGAUUAAUACUGCUAUCAUCAUUAAUUAUAUUAUUUUUGCACCCAUCGUUUCUUCAUACCACCAAGUCUAUGAUCAUUCUGCCUCUGCAGUCUAUAAUCAUGAACAAUAGUACCUGUUAGUCCUUGGCGUAUUACUAACCAUGUUUAGCAAUGACAGACUGUUGCCCACCAGGAGCCUUCAUCAUACUAUCUCUGUACCGCAGCACUGGCGAGGUGGUACCGCCUUCAUGUACAAAGCGUCUUUCCUUGCGUUUCUUCCACACCUGGCUUGCAUUCUAACAGUGGAUAACCAUAAGCAGUAGUUUUAUAACUUCGUCCACCUUUCUCUCUCUUUCUCUAUCACUAUUUCUAAAUCUCUUACACACCACGCUGAUAUCUGCCGCAUUCAUAUUCCUUUUGCGUGCACAAUAAUUUGUAGACAUUGUAUUGAUUGAACACCUUGAUUCAACCUGACGACUCAUACUCGUCGGCAGCUAUCUGUAUAAUAAGUUCAUAUCUCAAUCAUAUCCAUGCGGUUCAACGUAGUUAAUGCUUGCAUUUAUUCCACUAGUCUUUCUUCGUUUUCCUCUGAUUUCUCCUGAGUCUGUGUAUUUUCUCGGUUUGUUCAUUUUACGCUUCUAUUCACAACGAGAAAUCAUCAGCAUCAUUCGUACAACCGACACACACCUUUUCGUCUUAUCUGAUGAUUACCUUAGAUUAUCUGUUAGCAUUAUCCUUUCUUAUGAGUACGUUGUCACUUAUCGUCGAUUUAUCUCGCCUGCUCACUCAGUACUUUAGCAGUGUCUGGAGCAGUCCUCUCAUGGCUGAGAAGCAACAGUAAUUUAUAAUAUAUAUAUAUAUAUAAUAGUUUUGUCAAAAACCAUACUGACUACACACGAGUCUUCGAAUUCGCCUAAGGAAUAGGUAAUGCAUAUUAAGUAGAUAUGCAAAUAGGCAAAGUGAAUUAAUUUAUUUAUUAUUAUUACUCAUUAAUUUAUAAAAGAUUUUAUAGGAGAUGCCAUCAACCUGGCUAACAAACGCAUGAUCUUGUCGUUGUGCGACUUUAAAUAAUCUCUCUUUAGUCGUCAAAUUUUCCUCAUUUUCAUCUUUCCUUUCAUGAACGUGUGCAUUUAAUACGAGGAUAGGCGCUUUCGGGAAGAAAUGCAUCUUUCUUCGAGUCCUCUUUGUACGCCAAGCGUGCAAUAGCACUGGAUAAACGUCAAAUGCUUCGCAGUUAGCCUGAACGUGCGUUAAGUUGUUAUUAUUAUUGGCCUUCGACAAGUUCUACGAUACUCUGAAGGACAUCUUUAUCGCUAAAGCGAUGCGUCGGUUCCCAUGAAG